AUGUCAUACGCACCUACCGGUUCUGGCGACGCGUCCCAGCAGUCUGCGUCCACUUCGGCUCCGUCUUAUAUAACUCCAUAUCCUCAAAUAUACCAGCCUAUUGCUGGCACUGCAUCUGCUACAGCGGCGCAAUCUAUUGCACACGAGCCUGGAACGAGCACCCGCCGUGCUGACGAGCUUGCGAGGAAGGACCGAACGCUUGCGGAAUUUAUGUUGAUGCUUGACGAAUACGAUCCUCUUAUCCCAAAUGAAGUAACUGACUAUUAUCUGCAACGGGCUGGGUUUGAAUGCGAAGAUGUUAGACUGUACGUGGGCGAUUAUCUCAUAUUUAUUUAA